AUGGAACCUGUACACUACAUUAAGAGCAUGGCAUCAAUUCACAAAUCAUUCCAAGUUCCAUCCUCGGUUGUACAAGUGCCCAGGAUGUUGAUGGUAAUUGCAACUAUGAUGAUCGUCGGCGGAGCGGCGGCGUUCACCAGGUCUUACGAUCUGGAGGUACCGGGAUCGCAUCCCAUUCGGAUUAUCGAAGCGGAUCCGAUGUGGGAUGAGCCCAAGAAUACGGAGGUCAGGGGUGAUAGAGUCUUCAGGACGGAGGUGGAGCACAGGACGUUGCAACCGAAUACUAAAAAGAAAUUGGACCGCAUGGAUAAGGAUGAAGCGCAGGACGAAGAGGAUAAUUCGCAUAGACUGAAGGAUUUCCUUAAUAGUUAUGCGGAGAAGUUCAAGAAGCAGCAGCAUCAUCAGCAGGACGAAGUUCAUAUGAAGGAUGUCGAGGAGGGAAAGGACAAGUCGAAAGCGUGGAAUAUGCUGAAUUAUGAGAAACACAACCAUCCCUACGAUGAUAAGAGAGGUUGGGUGAGCAUGGACGCAGUCCCCUGGUCUGUCAGCAAAAUCUCCAAGUGGCAUCAAAACGAUAAACCGACGCAAGACAACGAUAGGUUCUACAGCAACGAUUACCCCGACUACCCCAAACGUCCGAAACCCCAGUACUUCCAAGACCAAGAAGACGUCGAAGUCGAAAGUCCUAAACCCUUGUUCGCCAGACCAUCAGCCAUCUACAACCAAAAAGUUCACGUUCAUCCCAUAAUCAAUAUCCCGAACAGGAAUCCCCAGCAACAACAGCAACAUCAUCACGAUUGCAACAAACAUACGGACAUCAUCACCGACGGCGAAGCUCCGCAUUUCCCGGACCACGCCAGCCAUCAGGAAUACGCGAACAGACGUCGCGGCACCAACGCGGAAUUCCUACCGACGCAUCCGUUCAACGAAGACGUGCUGCCGCCGCUUAAGAAUGGCAAGGUGAACAUGACCACUUCGCACGGCGGUCUUCUGCAGGUCGAGUCGACGUUCCAAACGGUGGAGGAGGCGCAAAAGGCGCACGCCAAACGACAGCGCAUCAAGACCAGAAAUCCGAUUAGGACCAAGUACCAGAUGAAACCUCUGCCGUUGAAAAUCAAGCCGACAGUCGCGACACCAGCUCACUACCAGCUCCCUUACCAGCUGCAGCAAGGCGUCAAAGACAACAAUCCGGAUACGGCUUCCGUUUUGGCUGCGGUCGGAGCAGGAAUGAUUCCUGCUGGUAUGGCCUUGUUGGUUCCCAUGGCGAUGAGCGGAAGAAAGCGCAGGGAUCUGAGAUUCGUCACUUCCAGCCCGUACGUCGAUCAAAUCGAGAUCACUCUUCCGAGAAGCUUCUAACAGCAUCAUCAUUCGCAUGCAAACAUCUUUCCGAUCUCCCUCAUCGUUCAUCUGUACUCCUCCG